AUGGCAAGAAAACAGCCGGGCGCUGCAGCACCCAAACGAGGCGCUAAGCGUACUUCAACAACAGCGGCAGCAGCGGCGGCCAAGGGGGAUGACGCUGACGACCUCACUCCGCCGCCGGUCCAGAGCGAGGUGGAGUCGGUAGUCGACACAGCGGUCAAGAGCGUCUUGGCGCGUCGGAGGCGGGCAGUGAAGAAGCCGACGUACGUCGAAGAGGCCGAAGGAGAUGAUGGUGAAGAUGAGCCCAUGGUUGAGGCAGGGGAGACAAAGCCGAAAGCCACCAGAGGGCGGAAGAGGGCGGCAGUAUCCCCCGAAGCAGACCUCAGUGCGCCCGAGUCGGACGGAAGCGACCUGACUGCCGAGCCUGCAUCAGCGCCAAAACCUACGCCCAAGAAGAAGACACCGAGGAAGAAGGUCAAGGUGGACCCGGACGCGGAGGCUGAGGACGGGGAUGCCGAUGGGGCGGCUACACCAGCCAAGAAAGCACGCACACCCAAGAAGCCCACGCCGAAGAAGUCGAGGAUGGCGGCGAAGGAUGAGCCGGAGUUUGAUGAGGACGGGAAUGAGAUUGUCAAGAAGAAGAGGAAGGUCAAGGUGGUGCCAAAGUUGAUUUAUGAUAUCCCGGCUGUGGAGCGGUUGGAGACUACUUUCAAGGAGCUUACCCAGCAGUGGAACGAGCAAAACAAAAUCCGGUUCAUGCGCCUCUCCUCCGAAAUGUUCCCAUUCGCGUCUCACGCGGAGUAUGGGUACGACCUCGAGUUUGCGGAUAAGGAGCUCAAGGAGGCGGGGGCGUUGGCGCGGAAGUAUGGGCAUCGACUUACGGCGCAUCCGGGACAGUUUACUCAGCUUGGAUCGCCCAAGCCAGGAGUCGUUACGGCGAGCGUAAGGGAGCUGGACUAUCAGUGUGAGAUGAUGGAUCGGAUGGGGCUCGACCAGGAUGGUGUGAUGAUUAUCCACAUGGGCGGGAUUUACGGCGAUAAGGAAUCGACGCUCGCGCGGUUCAAAGAGAACUAUACUACGAGGUUGAGCGAUGCUGUCAAGAAGCGGCUCGUGUUGGAAAACGAUGAAAUCUGCUAUAAUGUUGACGAUAUCAUGCCUGUCUGUAAUGAGCUUGAAAUACCUAUAAUCUUUGACUAUCACCACGACUGGAUCUACCCCUCCUCUCGCCCCCCAUCCGUCCUCAUCCCGCUCAUCGCCGAAACCUGGGCCAAGCGGGGUAUUCGCAUGAAACAGCAUCUGUCCGAGCCCCGCCCAGGAGCGGUGAGCGUCAUGGAGCGCCGAGCGCACUCGGAUCGGUGUGCCCGCUUGCCGCCUGAUUUGCCGGAUGAUGUGGACUUGAUGAUUGAGGCGAAAGAUAAGGAGCAGGCGGUGUUCGAGUUGUACAGGAUAUAUGGGAUCGAAGAUGUCAUUUGGGACAAUCUGCGUCCGCCAGACCCUGCUCCAAGCAUGCACACCAAGGGCCGUAAGAGCAGUCUCAAAAAGAAAGUAAAGGAGACUGGGGAUGUAGAUGAGGAUGGGAACCCUAUAGAAUUGGACGAUGUGGAGAAAGAAGGAGAUGGUGGGAUAGGGGAUGAAGGCGUCAAGGAGCCGAGGUUGGUCAAGGUCGAUAAUGAGGAGUUGAGGAAGGUGGAGGAGGAAGUCAAGCAGGAGCAGGGGGUCAAGCUGGAGGAAGCGGAAGAGGCAGAGGAGGGGGUGGAAGAGACCGAAGUCAAGGAGGAGAGUGGAUCGAAGCGGGGAGGAAAGGCUGGGAGUAAGCCGAGGGGGAGGCCAAAGGGGAGGGGGAGGGGGAAGUGA